AUGAGUGAUUCUGAUACGGAUUUAUUCGAAGACGCUAGAACUGAUGUACACAACUCUCCAGUUUUCAAGGAACCAAAACGCCCCAGAGCCUUCCCCGACCCACUUCUGCCUGCUCCAAGCAUAAACACUCCAACCACUUCUCAUACUUCACAGAAUAAUGAGAAUCUUCCUACUUCACAAACAAAUCGAAGAGAUAGAUUAAGAGGAUUGCGAAAGCAGAUGAGAGAUGAGUUUGGUGGAGGAACGGCGGGAGCCACGUUUGCCGGCGAUGGGGACACGCUGAGUUUGAUCAGUGAGAAUACGAGUCUUCAUUCUUGGCACAGAAAAGUGCUCAACGGUCCGUCAGCAAUCGUUCAUCCAUCGGACAGUGCGUCUACAUGUGCAAUGAGCACACGCGGGAGUAUCACAAUGGAAUCUCCGCUACUCAUACAAUCACCUUACUACAAUGGAGCUGCUCGAAAUUCAAUUCCACAAUAUCCGAGUACUUCUUCAAGUACUGUCACCUCACCAAAUGGUCCCCCGCCAGCUCAUCCACCUCCACCGCUACCUGAGCUCCGAAGCCCUCCUCCAGUACCUCCUCGAAACCCAUCGAUUUGUCUACCGAUGCCAGUUCCUUCACCGAAAACUCUAACCUCACCACCACUUGAACCAGUUCUCGAAGUACAAAGUCAUUCCCUAUCCGCUGAAAACUCGGACAGAAGCAGAGCAACUUCUUUGGAAAAACCCCUUGAGCCAAAGCUAUCGAUUUGCUCGAUAUCGUCGAUGUCGGGAAAUUCUUAUGCGAGUCCAAAUGUUUCUGAAUGUUCUGUUCAACCAACACCGGCUUCUGUGGGAAGACGAAGAGGGCACACGAAGACGAAUUCAUUGGAUCGAGGAUUGACACUAGCAAAGUCGAUAAAAACGGGUCCUUUUCCACCACCAUCUCAAAAAUCGAAUUCAUUGACGAGAGGAACAGAGCCACCGGAUGGAGAAGAAGAGGAAAGAAAUCAAGAAGCAGAAGGAGUCAUCUCAGAGUUGACAACACAAUUGAUGUCUGAACACAACUCUGAGAAUACAAUAGCAUCAACUAACUCCUCAACGGAUCAAGUAAAUGGAGAUGGCCCAUCGACCUCGAUCAUCGUUUUGCCACCUCUAGAAUUCGAGACUCCGAUUCAGAAGAGGCUUUUCAAUAACAAUCGCGAAGCUCGCAAAUCGGAAACGAUUAUGGAAGAAACAGAGAGCGAAGCCUCACCAGCACAUAAUGGAAAAGCGAUGGACUUUGAGAAGUUAUCAGUUGUAGUCGAAAAGCCAUCUCCUGUACAAAGAAGUACUUCGGAUAUGUUGCCACAGAGGCCAUCUCCAUCUGGAAGUGUGCAAGCUGUUGAUCCAAUCACGCGAGAUGUUGAGCGACGAAUGAGCAUGAAAUCACAUGGACAAAUGGGCUCAAAAACGAUUGGACUUGACGAUGAUGAACGAUCAGAUCAACUUUCGCCUACUUCAAAAAUGGGUUAUGCAAGAAGUAUUGUGAAAAGCUAUGCCUCGUCAUGGAUAAAUGGAAUGAUUAACAAAGCUGUACAUGUUUGGAAGCCGACUCCAGCGUUGAAAACUGAUGCAGAGGAUAGUGGGAGUGAGAGUGAAGAUGGAGGAGAUCCCUCACAAGCUGAUGGGCAUUCAUCUCGUGGCCACACCUCAGUACCACUCGUUCGACCGAAAUAUUCCAAAAAGGGUCCUUAUGACUUUGAGAAUCUCAAAGUUGCACAAGAAAUUAAAGCCGAACAUACGGGAGCCGUUUGGGUGGUUCGUUUCUCAGUUUGCGGUCGUUUAAUGGCAACUGCUGGCCAGGAUGCAAUCAUUCGAAUCUGGGUAGCAAAGGCGCAUGUUCGGCAUUUCGAAGCGCUUCGCGAUCGCUACAUGAAAAGAGCUGAUUGUCCGCCACAAGAGAUGUUUGAACGAUCAAUGUGUGACAGUGAAGCGUUUCGAGCUCCAUCUUCACUAGAGGAAAGUGACAUCACUAACUCAAAUCCAUCAGAAGAAGAGAACAAAGGACCGCUCGUAUUCAUGGCACAGCCGUUUGUUACUCUAAAGGGACACACAGCCGAUGUGCUCGACUUGUCUUGGUCAAAGAACAACUUUGUUCUAUCAUCAGGAAUGGAUCGAACAGUCAAAUUAUGGCAUAUUACAAGAACUGAAUGCCUUUGCUGCUUUCAACAUGUCGAUUUCGUUACUUGUGUAGCUUUUCUGCCAAAAGAUGAUCGUUAUUUUCUCUCCGGAUCGCUUGAUGGAAAAUUGCGAUUAUGGCAUAUUCCGGAUAAGAGAGUGGCGGUUUGGAAUGAAGUACAGGUAAAAUUCAUCACAGCUCUCGCAUUCGCCAAGAAUGGAAAAUUCGCUGUGGUUGGCACGUACAACGGUCGAUGUUAUUUCUAUACAGCUGAUCAGUUGAAAUAUCACACAGUUGUUGAUGCAAGAUCGACUCGUGGAAAGAAUGCAAGAGGACAUAAAGUGACUGGAUUGGCUGUACAUGGAGAUAAGCUAUUGGUGACUUCCAAUGAUUCACGCGUACGAAUGUACGAUGUAAGAGAUAUGUCGUUGACGUGUAAAUUCAUCGGCGCUCAAAACGAACACUCGCAAAUUCGAGCUUCAUUUGCGCCCGAUGGGAAACAUGUGAUUUGUGGAUCGGAGGAUAAACACGUUUACUUGUGGAGGACAAGCGAUUUACCGUCUUCGCUAUCUGUGAGAAAAGAUCGGAAUAAAAUGUGGGAACGAGUACGGGCACACACGGCGGCUGUAUCAACGGCUGUAUUUGCUCCAAAACCAUUGGAUUUGUUGGGAAUCAAAAGCGGGCAUAAGCCGAGUUCGACAUCGUUUGACAAGGAUAAGCAACAAUUGAAUGAUGAAGACGUGAUUGUAUCAGCAGAUUUGAGCGGUUGUAUCAAGGUGAUGAUCUGUCGAACGAAGCCCAUUCAACACGCCUCUUCGUCUAGCUUUUUUAACGGCAGCGUUUUGCCA